CCGGCUGUGGCACAGUUCCACUGGAGAGGAUGGUCCGAAUGCAGCUCAUCUUAGUCUUUGCUCUCGCUGCCCUUCUGGGAGCGGCAAUGGCCCGGCCGGACAAUCAAGAGCCCAUAUCGGAUGCCGUUCCCGCUGUGGCCUUAUCGGAUGUGGCCGAUGUGGGUGGCCAGCAUGCAGAGGAGGGCGAACGUCCGGCCCGUUGGCUCUGGGGCGGCUGGGGAGGAGGAUGGGGCGGCGGAUGGAAUCGAGGUUGGGGCGGCGGAUGGAAUGGAGGUUGGGGCGGUGGAUGGCGCGUUUCGUAUCGCCCCUGGGGCUAUGGCUAUCGUAGCUAUUGGUGGUAGCAAGCGCCGCAGCGUAUUUGGAUUUGGAUGUAUAAUCGACCCACAACGCAAAUAAAGCAAUUCUCUCAAUAACAAA